CAGUUUGAAAUUGGAUUGUCACCAAAAUCAUCAAAACAAAAGCAUGUGAUUCAUAAGGUAUAUAAUAAAGUUAAUUAAAUUUUACAGAAUACCACUUCAAAUAAAUUUAUAAUUCGUUAUUUGAAAUACUUUUAUUUCGUUUCCGUUCAUGUUUAUUGCUGUACUUUAUAAAAGAACAUUUACUUUGUGAGGUUAUUUCGGGGAAUACUAAGUAAUUAUUGUGAAAAUCAAUUGUGAACAAAAAUGCGGGGCCAUCAAGAAGACACGCCACCGUCAUCUGUUAAUGGUGAUGAAAUUAUGGGAAUGGAUGGAGAAAAUGAAGAUGAACUUAUUUACUUAGGAGAAUUGGAUGAGAUUCAAUUUGAUGACGAAGAAAUGGUGGACGAUCAAGAAGAGGAAUACGAUGAUGUAGGUAUGGAAAGGCCCGAAGACCACGCGGCAAUGGUUUUCGAUAAACAUACAGGCUCAGUUUUUUGUUGUGAUCUUCAUACAAGUGGAAAAAUUGCUGUGACUGGAGGCGAAGAUGAUAAAGCCUAUGUAUGGUCUGUCGAGACUGGUCAAAUAAUCAUGGAUUGUACGGGCCAUAAAGAUUCAGUUAUUUUCGUGGGAUUUAGUUUUGAUGGUGCUUACUUAGCUACUGUUGAUAUGUGCGGCUUAAUUAAGGUUUGGAAGUGUAAUUUAGAAGAAAACCAACAGCAGCCAUGGUCUGUAGCUUUUGAAUAUGAAGCUGAUGAUCUCAGUUGGGGCCUAUGGCAUUUUGGUUCAAGGGUCCUCAUAUGUGGUGCAGUAGCUGGUGAUAUAUAUGUCUUUAAAAUACCAUCAGGAGAUACUAAAGUUUUACAAGGACACAACAUUCGAACAGAAUGUGGAAAGAUAUUUCCUGAUGGUGUCAGACUUGCUGCUGGCUAUGAAGACGGAGUUGUUAAGAUCUGGGAUCUUAAAACAAAUGCUGUCCUUCACCAACUUCCUUCUGGUAUGCAUGAGAGCCGAGUCACAGGAGUCGAUCUUCAUCCUGAGAAUAAUCUUUUGGCAUCCAUUUCUACUGAUGGGAAGGUGUGUCUAACUACAUCCAAUAAUGGCAAAGUGGUCGCACAACUUCAAGCCGACAAUGAUUUAGAAGCUGUUGUGUUUUGUCAGGAUGUCCAGCUCGGAUAUUUUGCUCUUGGCACAUUAAACGGUUCUGUAACAAUAUGGGAUACCGCUAGACAAAUGAUUCGUCAUUCCUGUGCUAAAUCUGAAGAAGACGUGUCGGCCGGAGUUACGAAAAUGAUAUGGGUAAAUGACAACCUUCUCACUGGUUGCCUCGACGGCUCCGUAAGAUUGUAUGAAGGAAGAUCUGGUGCAAGAAGUGCUAUGUUAACUGGCCAUUGGUCUGAAGUACUAGAUUUAGUAUAUAAUGCCAAGGAAAAUAUUAUAUUAACCACAUCCGAUGAUGGCACCGCAAGGAUAUUUAAAUAUCCAGUCAAGAGCGACAACGACUAAUUUUACAAUGGUAUAUGUAUAUUUUUUUUAUUUAUAGUCAAUAAAUAUUUAUA